GCGCCUCCACAUGUGCUCUCUUCAGCAGGGGUACCUUUCGGGCACUGCAGGAUGUGAAUCCAUUGUUGCGCAAAGUGUUGCCAAUUGUUUCCUUGCAAACUGUGGUCCCAGCUGCCUUCAGGUCAUUUGCUAACUCCUGCCGAGUGGUUGCAGGACGAUUUCUGACCGUUCUCAGCAUCAUUGCCACCCCACGAGGCGAAAUCUUCUUUGGAGCACCGGGCCGAGGUCUGUUGAUUGUCAUGUUAUACUCUUUAAACUUUCUGAUAAUUGCACCAAUAGUUGUUACUUUCACAUCCAACACCUUACUAAUCUUUUUGUAGCCCAUUCCAGCUUUGUGAAGGUCAACAAUUCUGACUCUGAGGUCCUGUGACAGCUCUUUGGUUUUACCCAUGUUGGAGACUUGAAAUCUGUGUGAUCUGUCUGAUUCUGUGGACAGGUGUUUUUCACACAAGUGAUUAGUGAGAACAGGUGGCUUCAGGUCAGGUAACAAGUUGAUUGGGAGUGUCUAACUGGUCUGUAAAAGCCAGAACUGCUAAUGAAUACUAAGGGAUCAAAUACUUAUUUCACUCCAUGAAAUACAAAUCAAUUAAUAUAUAUUCCUUAGAUUUAUUUUCUGGAUUUUCUUUUUAAUAUUCUGUCUCUCCAUGUAAGAAUACAUCUACCAUUAAAAGUAUAGAAUGAUCAUGUCUUUAUUAGUGGGCCAACGAAGAAAAUCAGCAAGGGAUCAAAUACUUCUUGGACUCACUGUAUAUAUAUAAAUAUAUAUUUUUAGCCUCUCAGUCUGACUGCAGAGUAAAGUAGGGCUGACCUUGGUGGUAGACUGUCAAUCUCUCUGCCCUCCUGAUAAUAACGCAGCCGUUUGAGACUGUAUAAAUAGAGAGGAGUCACUGUGAGUUUUCCACAGACUGUACAGACAGUCUGCUUUACUCACUCACUGACUAACUUAUUGACUUAUUGACUGACUGACUACCUUACCUUACCCUGACUAAUCUGAUAUAAGACUUAUUAUACAGCUUUGAACAAAACCAUGAAUAAUUCUACUACUAAUGCUUCUAAUGCUAGUACUAAUUAUAUGUAUUUAUCUCUGGAAGGUCAUGUAGAGCUGGAGAGGUAUAGAUAUGUGUAUUUUUUCUGUACUCUCGCAGUUUAUCUGUUGAUUAUAUGCUGUAAUGCUGUUGUUAUUCAUGUUAUUUACUUAAAUAAGUCUCUGCAUGAGCCGAUGUACAUAUUCAUCGCUGCUUUACUCUGCAAUGCUCUGUUCGGAGCGUCUGUGAUUUAUCCUAAACUGCUGAUCGAUUUACUGUCUGAAAUACGUAUAGUGUCUUUCCAAGCCUGUACGCUGCAGUCGUCUUUAAUUCACCUAUACGCUGCUGCAGAGUUUACACUGUUAUCAGCUAUGGCCUAUGACAGAUAUGUUUCUAUAUGUAAACCUUUACAAUAUGCGACUAUUGUAAAAAUGUCCACUGUUAGAAAACUCUUAUUCUGCUGCUGGUUUGUUCCUUCCUGUCAAAUUGGCGUAGGAAUCAUUUUAACAUACCAGCUAAAGCCGUGCUCCUUUAAAUUAAACAGGAUCUACUGUAAUACGGCUGCAGUCGUUAAGCUAAGCUGCACGGAUACGACCGCAAAAACAUCCUACGGCAUGUUCUCCUUCAGCAUUGCCGUCUUCCCACCAGUAAUCUUCGUAAUCUUCUCCUACGCUCAGAUCUUUUCAGUCUGUUUAAAGAACUCAAAAGAGUCCAGAAGGAAAGCUCUGCAGACCUGCUUCCCUCACCUCCUCAUCUUCAUCAGCUUCACCUUCACCUCCUGCUUCGAGGUGAUCAAUAACCGGCUGGAAGCAGACAUUCCUCACAUAGUCGCCAUGAUCAUAUCUGUGGAAAAUCUGGUGAUUCCUCCUCUGCUCAAUCCUGUCGUUUACGGCCUCAAGCUUAAAACGAUUUACAACAGGAUUAGGAAGAUGUUUCUGAAACAGAAGACACACGCAUUUACUGAUUUUCAGAUGUCUUAAGUUUAGAAAUGGAGAAAAAAAUACUUUUUUUCCUUAUUUUUUCCCUCUUUUCUAAGAUGUUAGAGGAAUUUGAGCACAGUAGAUAUAAUGUAAAAAAAGAAACGUGUGCAAUAUAUGCUUUAAAUUUACAGUGUGUAAUGCACUCAGUCAUGGAAUAGUGAUCUUAAAGUUGCUUUUUCUGCUUGUUUUUGGAUGCUUGUCUCAGGAUGUUAAGUAUGUCAUUAGAUUUUAAGUACAUUAUGUUAUUAGAGCAGAUUUUUCUUAUUUUUUCCCUCUUUUCUAGAAGGUUAGAGGAAUUUGAGCAGAGAAGAUAUAAUGUAAAAAAAAAACUUGUGCAAUAUAUACUUUAAUUUUCUCUUUUUUUUACUUUUUGCUAAGACUUGAUUUUGAUUAAUAACCUUUUUUAUUAGUGUAUAAUGCACUCAGUCAUGAAAUAGAGAUUUUAAAGUAUGAUGCUCUUUCUGUUUGUUUUUGGAUGGAUUAUGAAGAUGUUUCUGAAGCAAAAGACACAUGCAUUUUUUUUUUUUUUUUUUUUUGGCCCAACCACCACCCCCCCUCUUCGGAGGACAAUUAAUACUUUAUUUUUAUUUAUUUAUUUUA